AUGUCCUCAUCCUUCUCUAGCCAGGUCCUCAACGGCUCGUAUCACGGCCACGCACCCGAAUCAUUUGGCGGGUUUUUCGAUACUUGGCUCCGUGAGAAAGAAACCGACCUUGAGGAUCUCAAGGCCGCGAUAGCCUACAGCGAGUCGACUCGAUCUUGUAACGAGUCCAUGCGUAAUCGUGUGCGCCGAAUUAUGGGUCACUACGAGAACUACUACCGAGUCAAGUCCGAGUCAACGAAAAAAUACGUCUUAAAGAUGUUUUCCCCACCGUGGAUGUCCAACCCCGAGGGAUCCUUCCUUUGGAUUGGUGGGUGGAGGACUAGUACGACACUCUACUUGUUAUUCUCGGUGGCCGGAAUUCAAUUCGAGGCCAGGUUUGGAGAGCUGCUAAGGGGGCUGAGGACGGCCACUACCGGCGACCAGGGAGACCUCUCACACAGUCAACUCACCCAAGUUAACGAGUUGCAGGUCCAGACCAUAUGCGAAGAGAAAGACUUGACGGAACGCCUUGCUGCACAACAAGAGAUCGUGGCUGACACGUCAAUGGUCGAGCUAUCACAUAUAGCUACUGAGUUAAUGCGGGACUCUAACUCGAAAAGUUCAGGUCAAGUUGGGACUAGGUCAAUGAAUGAACGAGUCGAGUCGACUCUAGACACUAAACAGAGAAAGUUCAAGGAGAUACAAGAGAAGGCUGAUGAUCUACGACUGAGAACUCUCAGGAAUGUGGUGGACAUUUUAACCCCAAUCCAAGCCGUUCAUUUCUUGAUUGCAGCCGUUGUGCUUCAUUUGAGGGUUCAUGAAUGGGGUAUGAAGAAAGAUGCUAUUGCACAUUCACCCCAAAAUUAA